ACAGCUCUUAUUAAAAAAUACCAUGUUGUUACUAUAGUAAAAUUGUCGUAUUCAUAUCAUAGCAUGGUUUUGCUACAAAUAACAUGGUUAAAAUACAGUUAUUCUAGGCUAAACCAUAGUUAAUUUAAGGGAUAUAUCUAUAUUAACUUUUCAAAUGUGUUUUCAAACAAAAUGUAACCAAAUUUACAUUAAAAGUUUGUAAGAGUGCGAACAAAAAAAAAAACUAAUUAUUUAAUGUUAGCACAAAUAUAUCACAAAACAACCGAGAAAAUUACUAAACGAAAUUCAUUUAAAACAUUUACCCUUAUGAAAGUAACUUAAUAAUUACCAAUACAAAUAAUUAGACUAAAAUAAGAUUAGCUUGUGAAGGUUGCUAAGGGAUCCUGCUGACAGCCAAUGACAGUGACUCGUUUAUAGACGUUUCGUAUGAAUAAAUACAAGGGGCGGGUCUUUGCCGAGCGCCGCAGAUAUCGAUAAGGCGUAAUUCUCCUCAAUGGAGUGUUUUUUGCCGAAGAAAUGGACAUGGGCUGCCAACAAUAUCUAUUAGAAGCGGCUCACAUAUUUAUUUAAGCGCUGCAAUUUGUCCAGCGUGUUUGGAGGGGAAGGAAUCUUGGGAAAUGGGCCGUUCAUGGGGAGAGCAAGACCGUUGUAACCGCUUCUGCACAAUUAUAUCUACACCGGAUACCGGGAAAUGAACCACGCACGAGCAACGAACUGGAUACUGUCUUUACGAGGAGCUGUCGGCAUAAAUAUAUGAUAUGUUUCAUCUGAUUUGAUUCCUUGCACUGAUAACAUCGAUAUUCUCUAUUUAUGGCCGUUCUGUCAUCUUGAUAUCGGGUGUGUAAAGGGGCGCGCGCGAGAGCCGCAUCCGCGCGAGGUGCAUCUCAACAUGACAGCAAUGUAUAGAGGAAGGAUACCAAGCGGGAAGACCUGUGGCUAUCCAGGGGACAUUUUAUCAGGGUCAGAUGGCCUGUCUUGAAUAAGAAACAAGCAAAAAUGGACAGCUCCAAUUCAAGGAUGGUCCUGAGGAGCUCACGGCGUCUGCUGGGAUGUUGUGUGCUUCUGCUCACGACCGUGAUGCUGGUGGGCUUCAUGCUGACGUCCAGCACAACCGUGGCAGUGGAGCUCCCAUCCAACAUGUCUAAAAGGAGCCUCAAUCAACUUCCAACAAGAACACAUUCACCUCCUGCCUUAUCUUCAUCAUCAUCAUCAUCAUCUCCUCAGCGUUCUGAAAGAACCAGGCAUCCAGCUCACACGCCACUAGGUGCCAAACAUCCCUCGUCCCCUGGUCACCAUGACAGUGCCUCCAGCAUAGAUCCCACCCCGUCCCUUGGUUCCGAAGGGUCGGGUAACCUAGGCGACGGGGCCCAGGGCAUCCACCUGCUAUUACGGCCCCCAGACCUUCUAACGCCCAGCCAGAUGCCACCUCUCCAUGGCGACAGACCGCCUACGCCAGCCCCCCCGACCCUGGUGCCAUCUGAAGACCUGUAUCCCGCCCACUCCGCGGAGGUCGACUGGGGUUCCGGAGACUACCUGGAAACUCUUACAUUCAUGGGAUCUGAAGGGGAGGAGUUUUCUCUCGUCACCACCCUCCCUACCAAUGGGUACGAUCCGUACGAUUCUGACGAUGACGCCACAGUCAGCUAUAACACAGCUUUCCCCUCUCGUCCCAUCCUGCCCCUCUCAUCUAGAGACCUCCAGCCCAGUGCGACCGUAAAAUACGGGACUAACUCAAGGUCGGCCCAUCCUACUGAUCCCCGCCUUCCAUUGGCUCCUGACUCCACCCACACGAGCGAUAUGGACGAUGAUUUGGAUUUUGAUUGGGCGGAGCUUUUUCCCAUUGAGCCGACUGAAAUGCUGCUUCCUGACAUGAACAGUCUGGAAUACUAUAACACGUUGCAAGCCAAAGAGAAUGCUAGUAUUGCGAGGAAUAGGACGCACCCUCACAUUACUCCCACGCACACUGUGGGAACCCCCCACACUACCACUGCAACUUUGGGAAAAGUCCCAGAUCAUAUUGACCUGACGGCCCCUCAGCCCAUCCCAUCAGUGACCCCAACUCCACCCCAAAAACCUAUGAGGCCUCCCGUCCCAUCCACCACCGAGACCCAACGACCUCCUGAAGCCCCAGAGAAGGGUGUUCCUUCCAUACCCCAUGGGGGCAAAACCCGACCAUCACUGCCAACUGCCCUGCCACCACCCGGCACCUCAGAGGGUCCAGUAAUACAAGCUGUCACACUGAAGCCCCCUGCUACGAAACCCCGUACGACCACCAUCAAAACCACCACCAAAACUACAACUACAACUAAAACCACGACUACCUUGAGCCCCACCAGCCUCUCCACCAAAAGCCCACCGCCUACAACUCCCAGAAUUCCUCUGUCCAUCGCACCCCGACAGUAUGUUUGCAACAUCACCAAACCGGACAUGUACCUAGUCCGAGUGGGCAUGCCAAGUGGGUCAUCCGUAGCGUUUGCCAAAGCUCAUGUGCGGGAGAUUCUUCGACGAGAGUUCAACCGUUCAGUUGAGCUACAGGUGCUCAAAGCCCCGCCCAAUUUCAUCUUCCGGGCAGUGUCCGGUCCACUAGUGUACACUGCUAUGUCCGUCAUCAAUGCUCUCCGCCAGUCAGCACACAGCACUUCCUCUUCUACCAUUCUAUCCGUCACAACCAUAUAUGCAGUGCCCGAUUACAAACAUCAGGUCCACACAGUGCUGCAGUUUGUCCCGAGUCAUGUGGACGUGCGUCUGUGUAGCUUCAGCGAGCGUGUGGAGAAGGGGCUACUCAUGGCGUACGCGGAAGUACGCAAGCGCUCGCAAGAAAAUGGAAAUUUCACAGUUCAUAUUGUGAAUAUCACUAGUAGCCUUCCUAAGGGUCAGCGGCAACAGAAGGCUCCGGUGGACAUCACCUUUGCGGUGCGUGAUUCCCAAGGAUUCCUAACGGGAUCAGACGUGAGUGGCCACAUGAGGCAGCUCAGCGCUGUGGAGUUCAGCUUCUAUCUUGGUUUUCCUACCCUGCAGAUCGCUGAACCUUUUCAUUAUCCUGAACUGAAUGUGUCCCACCUUUUACGCACAUCCUGGGUGAAAACAGUUUUAUUGGGUGUGUUGGACCAGCGUGUGAAUGAAAGGACCUUCCAGGCCAAAAUGGAGAGGCGAUUAGCACUGCUGGUCGGAGAGGGACUUGGGAUCGGGGUUAGCAAUCGGCGAUGGAGAAGAGCUACUAGUAUUGGCAACAAUAGUGUACAGAUCGUUCGAUCGUCCCGUCUCGAUGGCCCAGACUACCCGCUGGAGCUGGUGUAUUUCGUGGAAGCAGGGUCAGGAGAGAGACUGCCAGCCCAGGCCACUGCAUCCAUGCUCAACAGACUGAACCUGCAGAGAGCUGCCAUCGUACUGGGCUACCGAGUACAUGGAGUUUUGGCCACACCGGUGGAGAAGCUGGCCCUGCCGCCCUCUGAGACUCAGCCCAGUAACGUUUGGUUGAUCAUAGGAGUUGUAGUCCCAGUGCUGGUGGUCAUCCUCAUCAUCAUCAUCCUCUACUGGAAACUGUGCCGCUCUGAGAAGCUGGAGUUUCAACCAGACGCCAUGAGCACCAUCCAGCAGAGACAGAAGUUGCAGCCUCCCAGCGUUAAAGGCUUUGAUUUUGCUAAGCUACACCUGGGGCAACACAGUAAGGAUGACAUCAUGGUAAUCCAAGAACCCUCCUCUUUACCGCCGCCUGUUAAAGAGGCCACGCCCUCAGAGGGCGGAGAAUUGAACACUCCUAAAUCGAAGAGCUCAUCUACAAAAGCAUCACGUGCAGCACGGAGAAGAGGCCGAUUGUCUCCAUCUGAUGGAGAUUCAUUAGGAAGUGAAGCAUCCAGCGGUAGAGAAUCAGCAGAGGAGAGCACCAGACCUGCUGUGACGCCGAGUGACUGCAAACCCCAACAUCGCAAGAGCAAGCAUGCAAAAAACAAACUUGGUACUCAGCCUGGAAGUGGUGUGGAUGAGCAGUUGUCCUCGUCGUCCAUAUUUGAGCAUGUGGACCGCCUGUCUCGAGGUUCGUCAGAUGGAACACGCAGAGUGUCCAAUAAGAUACAGCUUAUCGCCAUGCAGCCCAUGCCAAGCCCGCCCUCUUAUCCACAUAACCAAGCCCUGAGUCCCAACCUGACGGACAAGAUGCCUGACGGAGCAAAGGUCAACAGUGAGAUUCAAGUAGCCUUAAGGCAUAAAUCCGAGAUUGAACACCAUCGCAAUAAAAUCCGCCUGCGUGCCAAGAGAAAGGGCCACUAUGAUUUCCCCUCCAUGGAGGACAUCAUGGCAGCAUUCGCCGACAGCUCCGAGCAGCAGCGAGUGUAUCAACAAGCUCAGGAGCAGAUACACAAGAUCCUGCAUCCUGAGGAACACACACCUUCAUCAUGCGGAGAGCCACGCAAAAGUUCCAGAGGAAAACGCUCUCCCAGGCACAGACAGAGACAAAAUUUGAGUGGAAGCGGAAGUCUCAGAGACAAAGAUCGCCUCAUUACUGACGGAGAUGCCACGUACAGGAAGUACCCCGGGGUGAACAAUGUAGCCUAUGUGUCCGAUGCAGAUCAGCUCCCAGAUGCAGAAAGCCCUUCUCCUACUGAUGAGGUGUUUUUGGACCCUGGAUCACCACCAUCUGGCCCCGCCCCUGCUCCACCCAGCUAUGUCCCCCCUCAGCCAACCAUCGAAGAAGCCCGGCAACAGAUGCACUCCUUAUUGGAUGAUGCUUUUGCUCUGGUCUCACCCUCUUCUCAAGGAAGCCCUGCUCCUCUAACGUUCACUGGCAUUACUGCAGUCACUGGCGUCGGAGGAAUCAGCCCCGGUCAACCCUCCAGCCCGUCCUCACGCCCUGCACGCCAAUGGGGCUCCUCUUCUUACCCAGCAGCCCCUGCACACAGUCCUUUCUCUGCGAGGUAUGCCGAAUUAGGAAUGUCUCCCACAUCAGUCCAGGGUUUAUUGCAGAGGCAGGCGCAAGGCUCUGCAUAUCUGGCAUCAGCAGAGAUGCAGUCAGAUCCUGGAUACUCCAGCAGGGGACAGUAUGGAGAAGAGAUGCCAUCGUCUUCUCGGCCACGACCAGUAGGGGGCAGCACAGGUGCACAGCUGCAUCAGCUGACACAAGUGGGCUUGUCAAGUCGGAUUGGACUGUAUCCUGGAGUUGGCCGUAGUGUAUCUGGACCCUCAGGAUCAAGCUGGGCUCAGUACCGCUCAGAUGAGGAGAUCUCCAGACCAGGAUCCAACAGAGAGGCUAUACUGACAUUCCCAGAAUACUCUUCAUCACCUGUAUUCCAGAUGCCCAGGACAUCCCUGCAGGAUCCCACGACACCCCAGGCCCACCUGGAAGCCUCGAGUGCGGGGUACAUUGGCCCCGAGGAGCGUUCUCCACCCCCUCACUCCUCUGCCUCUCUCAUUAAGGCCAUCAGGGAAGAACUGCAAAGACUUUCUCAGAAACAGGCUGCUGUUGUCAGCUACCACAGUUGAGAAAGACCAUCCCAAAACCCCAGUCCCGAUGUACCACAUAAACAACCUCACAAAUCCCCACACAGCUCGAUGGCUGAGAAACUGCUUUCCUCAAAACCCAAACCAAAAUCUUCAAAUUUAAGUACGGCUGGUCUGUUACAUAUGAAGAAAUGCUAGCAAUCAUCCAUGCUUGUACUGGCAGGAAAAAUCCACAAUUUAAAUUUCACUGCUGACAUGCAGAAAAUACACUUAAAUACUUUCUCCUAUAAUUCACAAAGAAAAAACUCACCCUAAACGUCAUGUCCAGACUGUUUAGAAAAAUAGACAAAGUUGCCCCUUAUUCAGACUCUCAAUUUGCAUGCUGAGAGCUGUGAACUUUCGAGACUUAGUGCUGACUGUUGCUAAUGUGAAAAUCACUCCCAUUCAGUUCCAUGUCUCUCAAAGUGCUUCCUUCAAAUGGGUCAUCUUCAUGUCUCCGGACUUCCUCUGGUGCUAAAAACCAUUUCUGGGCUCUGCCACAAUACCACAAAUCAGCCCUGAUCAAAAACUCUGAAGUGGCGUUCUUUUAUCUUUUUUUUUUUUUUAUCUUUUUUUUUCGCUGUCCUGUUCUACCAUUUAUUCAAGAUGGCUUAUCAAGCGGAAACGAGCUCUUCCACAAUCUAGUGAACUGCCCUGAAAAAAGUAGGCAACAUAAUUUCUCUUAUAAGAUAACUUAGGAAGUUUCAGCCAAAUUAUAAGGCAGCAUUGCGUGAAUUCUUCACAGAGAAGGCAAACCCACAAGCAUGGUGGACGAGGCACGAGAAAUAACCAUUAUAAAGUUAUAUUUCAUUCGAUAAUAUUCAUGACUUAAAAUCUAAUAUUUUACCCAACAUUUGAGAGUUCUGUGUAUUUUUAUACUUAUUAGAGUAUCACAGAGUUAGCUUAGCAAACUCGAUUGAUUGAAAUCAAUUGCAAAUCGAGUUGCAGCCAACAUAGUGUGUUCCAAAUGAGCCACUUAUGAGGUCCAUGAUAAUUGGGAUGCUGCCCAUGUAGGCAGUGCGGCAGCUCACUAGGCUUUGGAACAGAGCCACAGUCUGUCAAGGUCUUCAGGUCUUGCCUUACAUUUGAGCUCUGAGUACUUCAAACUCUGCAGGGGAGGGAAACAGAUUUUGUUGGGAUUGUAAACAGUGAAGUUACUCUGCUGCGUACUCUGAGUUUUUGAGCCAGCCCACAUGUGGUGAUGUUUGACAGGUGGCCUCAGUUGCCAACCAGCAUGGUUCCCAUGCCGAUAACAUCAUAUUACUUUGUCCAACCUGUCUGCAUCUGAGAAAAGGUAUCAAAGCAAACAUUCAUGAUGCCCGUGUGUAUUCUUUUGAGCUCUUUUUGCCACUGGGUUAUGAAUAUUGGCUGUCCAAUCAGUUCAGUGUCUUUGUAAAGUAUGGCUGAGGUAGUUUCUCAGAUAUUAAUUUUGCACAUUUUCUCAUCUUUGCACAUUCAUAUCAUGGUGAUAAUGGAAGUCAAUCAGUUAAAGAGUUUAUUGUGGAAAAGAGAGACAACUAUACAGUAACUAUAUAAAUAUAUAAAGAAAGAUAUGAGUUCAUAUUCUAUACAAAUAUAUAUAUAUAUAUUGCAUAUUAAUGUAUUAACUCAUUGAGCACAAUCUGAUUAUAUGUUAGAUUCUAUGUUAAACAUAUUAGAUUGUAUUUAUUUUUUAUUGUUAUGAAACGUAUUGAAGAUGUGGGAAAAGUGUUGCUAUGGGACAUUUAAAAAAAAAAAGACCAAAUCACUGUUGAGGCAUAUAGUUCCUUUAGCUUCGUAAUUCGGUCUCAAUGUAUUUUCAUGUAAAUGGUCAUGUGGAUUUGCACAGAGGUAUUGUAAAGAUUCCUUUAAGGAAAUGUGUUGAGGUUAAAGGCCUUGUUCUGUAUUUGUUCUGUAUUUCUUUUUAAUUCUCUGUCCUAUUUUUCCUCUCUUUAUUUUUGAUCUUUUGGGUCAAACUUUUUAUUUCUCUUUUCUCCUUGUUUUUGGUCAUACAGGGUUCCCACACUCAUGGAGAAUAAAGUGGCUUGAAAAAAGGUCAUGGAAAGAUCAUCAAAAUUUCUGGAAUUAAUAUAAUAUUUUCUAGAUUUCAGGGUACAUCAUAUAUAUCUAGUAAAUAUUUCAUUAGCUCGAAAUUGGGAGUGCAAUAAAAGUCCAAUAAUCAUGACUAUAAUCAAUAAUGAACUAAUUGAAUGUCAAAAAAUGUAUUGGCCAAAAGGUGUGGAAACCCUGUCUGUCUUUUUGAUUUUCUUUUCUCUCCUUAAUACCUGUCUUUUCUUACAUCUAGACUUUUCCUUUUUUCAUUCUUUCUUUAUUUCUAUCAAUCAUGUAGACUCCUGGCAGGCCUUAAAUUGGUACGCAUGUAAAGUGAUGGAUUAUGCUUUAUUUCUUCCUUGUUUAUUUUGUGUGAUUAUGUCUUGAUGGGCAUGCAAAUAGUCUUUAAAAAUAUUGAAAAAUACUACAAACAAGCUUGAUAGAAUUUAGCCUACUUUGAAAGACUAAUAUGUAAUGGUUCAUUAGACAAAAAAACCAAUGGUCAAAGCACAGAAAAACCAUCCUGAUCAUCGAGGGGAAAAAAAAAGAAAUUUUCAGUAUUUUGUCAUUUUUAAACCUGAAUAAUAUUUUUGAAAGUAUUUGAAAAUCAAUAUUUAUGACUAAAAUAUAUCUCAUAGAAAGAGUAUUAAUGUGUAAACGGACAUUUCUCCAUAUUUAAAUAUUCAGUAUGUAGAACACAGUUGACCAGUAAGAGGCAAACAUCAUUGGUAGACGCCCCCUUUCCCACUGUGCAAAGACCAACUGGGAUUUUUUUUUAUUUUCUUUCAGUUCUUUUUUAUUUUCAAUUUUGCAGAUACCUUAAUGAGAAGUGUACGCAUUCAUAAAAGAUUAAGUUGUGAAUAAGUGUUAUAUUUACAGUCAAUUGAUUAACAUGGUGCUAUACUCAAUACACUUUCUCUGUGUGUGUGUGUGUGUGUGUGUGUGUGUGUGUGUGUGUGUGUGUGUGUGUGUGUGUGUGUGCGCAAUAGUAUACCUCCCCCUGUCCCUAUGUCGGUGCCAUAGAGGAUGUUCUAGGAAUGUAAACUAAAUCUUACAGAAAGUUCAUUUUUUGAUUCAUUUAAACUACCUGAAAUCUAACAACAUUUUAUCAUCUUUUUUUGUUGAAGAUGCUAACACCAUCUUUGUGAUCCUAUCAUGGAGGUAUAUAUGUAUAUUUCUCUCAUUCUGUCUUGUUUCUUUCUCUCUUGGUCUCUGCGAACUGCAUCCCAGUAUUUGAUGUUUAAUGUCUCUAUAUUGUCGUGUAAAUUAAAUAAUAAACAAUGUGCCGUCAGUUAUA